AUGAGUGGCUUGGAUGCUCCCGAGAUCGCGGCUGCAUAUAAUGCAGUUCGCGAUGAUAAAGAUGACACCAAUUGGAUGCUCAUUUCGUACGCAGAAGCCAGCGGGAGCAAGCUCUCGCUGAGCAAGACGGGCUCGGGUGGCAUUGCGGAAUUGGCUGCCUCUCUUGAUGAUGCUCAGGUGCAGUACGGUUUCGUCCGAGUCGAGUAUGCCAACGACGCGGAGAGCACCAGGGUCAAAUUUGCCCUAGUUGUCUGGAUUGGCGAGAACACCAAGGUGAUGCGAAAGGCGCGGGUGAGCGUCGAGAGCGGCGAGGUUAAGCGCAUUCUCUCUCACCACCUUGCAUUGACUGCUGGAGACCGAUCUGACCUGGAGGAGAAGGAAGUAGUCGCGAGGCUGCGCAAGGCUGGCGGAGCCGACUACAACGGAGGCCGUGGAUAA